GCUCUGUUUCUCAUUUCUACAACUGGCAAACAUUUGGCCUGCUAUGGCCGUGUGUCUGGCAGAAUACCAGUAUGGGAGUGUUUGAAACUUCGGGUUUUGGCCUAGAGAAAAUAUAAGUUUAUGUGUCAGUAAAGCAUCCGUUUCGGAAUGUCUAAUCACGUUUCGGGACCGCAAGUCAAAAGACUGAGAUGUGACUUGGAAAGACGGAAAGCUCUGGUCACCGCUUCUUUAGACAGGAGCCGGGUACUCUUUGAAGCAUAGCCUGAGGAGAGAUCUACUGUGAAAAAGGCAACAGCUGACUGGCGAUGAAGUUCCACAAAUCAACGUGAUUGCCAAACACAAAGCAGAUUCUCUUCGCACAAUCACAAUCACGAUGUGUGGAAUGUGUACCACCAUCUCGACGGUCGGCAGUGGCACAAGUACAACCGUUGAUCAGUGCGCUUAAGUCCUUAAGGCCACCCUGUUUGAGGAGAUGCUCGACCCACGCACGAGAAAAAGAUAAAUGAGGUGUCAAAAUAGGGUGCUGACAUGCGAAGUGAGUUACGUGCUGAAGUCUCAGUCACCACGAUGGGAAUAUUCUCCGUGGCCAAUGAGACUCUUUGAUAGGAGAAUGAAAACGCCUCGAUCGAUCCGGGACCGGGAAUUGGGGGGCGGUGAAAUUGGCACUUUCGGUUGUUGAAACAGGCUCUGUGGUGAUGUUGUGGUUGUUGCGAUUGCCCAUGAGGUUGUUCGAUGCUGUUCAUUUCAAUGGGACUAUUUGCGAUAUAGAAACCUUCUGUCCAGUCGUUAAGGUCAUCUGACCAUCUGACAGCGGAGAUCUGGUCUCGCAGCAGCGUUGCCUGCAUGAAGCAGUGUAAUAUUUCUCGGUGUCUUGCUCGAAGGAUCGAUGAGCAGGGUCCCCUGAAAUAUCUUCUUGUGCUCCAGUUACCUCCUGCCGAGGAUGUCGGGAGGCGCUUGCAGUUGAUCCGUCCCCAAGUCGGUGACCCACGGGCAUGAUACACGAGGUUGGUCCGUGGUAGCGUUUAAUAUAUGCUGAUCUGGAAUGCUGCAGGAGAAACAGAGAUGCUAGAUACAGUGGUCCAUCGUCGGCUGCGCGGGUAUCCGUAGGUUCGGCCGCCUGGUCCACCUGGUCUUCUUGUCGAGGGAAGAAGACCCGGUUAGGGCACGGUAAUGGCUUUGGUUGGAGGAUGAGCGAGAAACUCGAGAUCGCAUGCAUAGGUUGCUCAAAUCCGGUGGCACUGUCACCAAUGCUGACAGGAUGGGACGAAGAAGAGCUGGAGCAGCAUUCACUUCCCAAGCGCUCACCAAACCUAGCACUUGGACCCUUGAUCCGACACACAAACUCUUGGCCGAGAGCAUUAACCGCUCUGAACCGAGCGGCUGAGUUUGGCUGAUUCACUGUGUUGUGGCAGCUACCCGCUUGUACGAGGCACUGGCGCCGUCCCGUCAUUGUCUCCAGUUCCCAAUCAGUUCACUGCGCUCUUGGUGACUUGAAAACCUUGACCGCUCCGCUCUUGCAGGUAGCCAUGGAGUUGCUCUCGGUUUGCGAUUGUCGGCAAGUUCCAUAACUUGGCGUCUCCCCGGAUUUCCCUGGGGCACGUCGGGACCGGUAGUCAUCCGGCGAUGCGGAGAAUUUUGACUCCUUGGACGACUCCAACACUCGGUGUCGACGCGUGGCAACCUUUCGCCAUCCACCCAUACGCAAUUCCGGGACCAAAAAUGCCAGAUUAUAUUGGAUCACCUGGGGGUGACCAUGCAGAUUUCAACCAGUCUUCGAAUGCCAUCCAGGACAAGCUCGGAGGCACCGGCAAUAUCGUUAACAUCACCGCCGCCGAGAUCGCCGUCAUCGUUAUCACAGUCACCCUGGUCUUGUUGGCUCUAGUUGGUGUCUUUUACUGUCGAAUCUUGCAAGCUCGUCGGGAUCUCGAUAUAGAAAACAAGGCGAAGGAGCGGGCUGCGGGCCCCGCGCUGGGCGAUUCCAUAGAACUGGUACGCACCAAGAGAGCAUCCGGGAGCUCUUGCGAUACGAUAUCGAUCAAGAAUAGAGACGAGAUUGGCGAGCCCAGCUCGAGCAAGGGUAAAACGCCGGCCGCCAUGGAAUCGAACCAAGAACCAAAACUGCCUCUUCGACACUAUAUCCAUUGGAAGAACCCAGAUCCGAAGGGACAAACUAAGCAACAAGAAGAAGGUUCCUCUUCUUCACAACCUCCGUACUGACCCCAAGUCUGGAGCAUCUCGCUCCUUUUGAGAAGACCUUGACGUAAUGGGGUCUUGCAGAAUUCCCGCUCCUGAGUAAGCUGGAUAUGGGCCGACGAGAUUCGAAGGGGCAAAAGUUGGUUGCCC